AUGAACACCGUGGAGUUACUGUCAGAUCGCUUAGAAGCUGCGAGAAUAGAGAGAAGGAGAAAUAGGGAGCUUCAGCGUCAAGACAGGAUCUUCAAUGCAAGAGUUCGAACAAUCGGAAUUGAUAAGGAUGCCCUUGAUCAUCAAGUUCAAGAACGAAAAGAGAAAGAAGAGGCUGAGAGCCUUACGUUGAAGGGAUACGCUGAGGAUCUCUUACAUGGAGACCGUGUUGCCUGUUUGCUCGAUCACAGGCAGAGGAAAGAUGAGCGUCUCUUGCAAAAAGCCAUCAUGGACUUCCGCCAGAAUUUUCAGCAGCGCAGUAGCAGGCGGGAGUUUGACCUGAACGAUCCAGAUGCGUUGAAAAAGCAGGACAGCGUGCAGAUGUUGCCAGGGCUGGUGGGCGAGGACCCAGGCAGCGUGGAAAGACGAAGGAGGCAACAGGAGCAAUUAAGGAGUUGGUCCAGUCAACAGCAGCAUGAGUUAGUAGAAGCACAUCAACGAAAGAAACGUGAAGACUUGCAGUAUGACCAGACCAGAAUAGCAUUGGACAACAGAGCUUUAGAGUUACAGAAAACAGAAGAGGAAAACAAGCGAGCCCUUGCCAUUGCUACAAAAGACUUCAACCUGGCUCUGGCUGCUGAAACAGCAGGGCGGCGUCAGCGAGAGCGGUAUGAAGAAGAGGAGAAUAAAAAGAUGGACAUACUGAACCAUCUGCAGGGAGAACUGUUGAGUAAGAGCCAGGACCAGAGCGCCAGUCUUCGGGGUUAUUCACGCCUGCGCAGUGACUCCUACUUGGGCCUUAGUCUCCAGCAGCUGCAGCACUUUACUGACCUCCAGCUGCAGCAAGCCGAGGAGAAGAAGAGGGCUCUCCUCGCUCAGAAGCAGGAGGAGCUGGAGCAAGACCGUGUGCGUGUGGAGUCUGCUCGUGCUGUCCUGCUCCUGGAGAGAAAGCAGGCUCGCAUUAAUAAGGAAAUGCGACAAGCCAUGGACAACGCCAAUGCAAAACUGGCCCAGGAGCAACAAGCCAGAAAGAAAUACCUGGAGGAACAAGUCUACACCAAUGUACCUGAUGAAAGUUACUUCUCCCAGUUUAAUACAAGCACUCGAUAA